GAGAAGAAAAACCUACUUCCGGAUAAACAAACGAUUAACGUGAACCUUCAAGAACGCUAAGACCGUAUUUCAGCAGAUUUUGGUCGCACUUCUCCUCUAUCUCGUGUAGCUUGUGUUUGAGUGGUUAUGAAUUCGCUUGUGGGAUACGGGCUGUCCUCAGAGUCAGAAGAUGAGGAGACAGGAGAAGACAACCCGAAGGGCACCUUCAUAAAGCCAGAAUGUGCUGUUGAGCAGACGAAAAGCCGUAAUUUCCUGCUGCAGUCAGAAUCUCCAUCCAGCGAGUCUGAAUCUGAUCCAGAAAACCAGGAUCAAGAGGAGGCUCCCCAGCCAUUUUCAGAGCCCUCAUCGACCCCAUUGGUCCGUCCCCACCCUCAAAAACUCCCACCUCCACCUCUGGGCUCAGUUGGAGCUCUUUCUUCAGCCAGCAGUGUGUUUACAAACCCUUUCAAAGAAAAGGCAGAGGAGAGACUGAACGUCCUGCAGAAACACGUACCUCUCACUCUACAAGCUCGUCCCACCCAGAUUGGUGGGAAGCGCAUUUGUGUGGCCUACAGGAAGGACGGACGCUGCCGCUUUGGGAGCAAAUGUAAGUUUGCACAUGACAGUGAUCUGCAAAGCAACCGUACGGUCACUUCCGACAGCGGACCAAAAGACACUAACGUUACACACAAAAAUGAUCCCCUGGCUUCUGGAGAGGAACACAAGGAGACGGAUGAAGAGAAGGACAAUGAACAGAGGAAGAAGAAAAGAGUCGGGGUGAAUGAUUCUCUUAUUCCACCUAAACGCGCACUCAAGCAGUAUGCCAGACUCUCACAUCCAUGAUAGAGAAGUCUGUUUCUGUUUAUGUGACCUAUUCUGGCUGAUAAUUGACUUUCGUUUUGAGUGCUAGUUGUGUUGUAUCUAUUGAGUGACCAUUAUCUAUUAGUAACACCAUUAAGUGUUAUUAAUGAGGAGGUAAACUCGGUCUGUAAAAAUGUGUUACAGACUUUCUCCAGAGGUGUUUAGUGGACAAAGGAGAGAAGGAAAAAUGUAAUGAAUAUGUGUUAGGAUUAAAAUGUGGGUCCGUAGUUUUAAAAACUUGUUAUAUUAGUAAAAAUAUUGGUACAUAUUGGUUGCUUGAUGACUUUAAAAUGUGUUUGGUCAUUGUACGUUCCCCCUUUUCAGCAAUUAGUUGUCAGUUUAUGUUUUAUAUAUAUUUAUUUAUGGAAAUGAUAGAGAUUUUCCUUCCGUAGAAUUGGUUCAUUUCAGAUACAUUGUUCAGAAGUACUUUUAAAAUAAAUGAGUACUUUUUAUUAAUCAAAGAUUUAUUAAAUGUAUUAAACUGGUUGGCUGUGACUGUAAAGAUGUUUAUAAAGAAUGUUUAGAUUUCAAAUAUGGAAAAUAAAACCCUGAAAAUUAA